AUGGAGUACCUUGACGACGAGGAUGUGGCAUUCUCGCCCUUUUUCAGGGACUUGGAUGGCCUCCUCUUGGGCAAGGAGGAAUCCAUAGAGAUGGACUCUGGAGGCGGAGAUACCGAUUCAGAGACCGGCGUGAAGGUGGAUUUCUGGAUGGAUAUCUCAGGGAGGCCCACCAAAUCUCUGCUCGAUCUUCCGCAGAAAGUCCAGAUAAAAAUAUUGCAAUAUGCGGGACUACUAAGGCCUUGUCUGAUCAACAUCAGCUUCGAGCAAUACCGCAUGAAAAAUAACAAUGGAUCGUCCUGCAAUCGCAGUCCUAUGCGAGCGACUCGUGGUUCUUGGACUACUUUUGUUGACGGAUCCUGCGAUCACCCUCGUUUGCCCUUGGAGUUGCUUCUCGUUUCUCGCAAUAUUCGCCAGGGCCUAGGUCCCCUUUUCUUUAGUCAAAACCGGUUCAGUGCUAUUCUCUAUACCAAGGCGGACUUUUACAUGUUUCGCGAGGCUACACACUGGGGUAUGGGCCAUUUGAAAUACCUACAUUUGGAUCUAGGCCCUAGGGACAAUCGUUUCCUCAAGUUAGCAGGGGGGGUCCAUCGCACAGUACUUACAAUGUGGGAGAGCUUCUGUAGAUCAGCCGCGCAACACAUGUUUUCUCUCCAGGACUUCAGUCUUAAAUGCCGUGUCAAGGAUUACGAUGUCGCUUGCCGGAUCAUGCGCGAAACAGAUGGGUUCCCUGUCCUAUCACGCUGUGCUAUCCACUUCAACCACUCGCAAGAUGACGAGAUUAGACCCAUACUCAGAAGGGCCGUUUGGAGGUUGACAGACAACCUCGGAGACAACAAACCUCCUUUUCCAUUUGAGUGUCUCCCUAAGGAGGUACAGUUUAUGAUCCUCGAACUGCUUCUAACCAAUCGCUCGGAUCCGUAUAUCCCGAUUUCAGAGUGGUCACGCGGGAUCGUGACGCUUCAGGAGCGCAAGCGCCAGCGGAACUCUGUGUAUCCCCUCACCUGCUGUGGGACCUGCUCAUCUUUGCAAGCGAUGUGCUUCUGCCAUGCCCGCCAAACGGCGUAUUCCUCCACUUGUAGCUGCUUCACCUCUCCACUGCCCUACUUCCUUACCAGUCGCACAUUCUAUGAGGAUGCACGUCGCAUCUUUUACUCCAAGAAUGUCUUUGCAUUUGUGGAAGAAGACCCCGACUUCAUGAUGCGCUUCAUGCACAAUACCUCGGACUCGACAUUCAAGCUGAUACGCCACUUAGCGUUCAAGUUCCCGUCGGUCUAUCGUACUCCCGGUAAAACUGCACACCGGCCCGAAGAAUCGGCGCUGGUAUCAUGGGGUGUAUUUCGUCGUUUCAUUCGCGAGCACUUUGCAAUUCCGUAUCUUUCGAUAUCGAUCGUGGAUUUUGGCACAAAAAACUAUAUGCCUAAUGCAAUCCCGAAUCGGAACAAAUACCUGCGCAAGUUACUCAAGACAUUUGCUGACCUGCAAGGACUCCGCGAUUUCCGUGUUUUCCUGGCUGACGACGGCCCCUUUGAAAACGAAGCAGAAAAAGCUGUUUUGGGACCUGCAUACCUCGUUGGAAGAUCCAAGUACAAGACCAUGCCGUUUAUUGGUAAGAGAUACAUGAGUGGACACGUGUGA